AUAUGUAUGUAAUGUCUUUAGUUGGAGCUGGUUUGGCUUUUUUGGUCUUGGCUGGCGGUAGAAGUGCUGCGUAUGCGCACAAGUCGAGCAGUUCAGUCACAGUUACCAACUCCAACGGUUGAGAUCAGUUGAACGUGCAACUUGCAGCUUAACUAAAUCAACGACUGCAUAUUGUUGCUGUUUGUAAAUUUGUGCAACGCUACGAACACAUAAAAAUACACAAAACCAAACACAUACGCGGACAAAACAAAAAAAUCAACGCAUAAUUGUUCUAUUUUUUGAGUUUUAACGAAAUACAAAAGUAAAACUUUAAAAUAUUUUGUUGUUGUAACGCAUAGCAGCGAAUCACUACUGGAAUUCAUUCGUUGAGUCUACGAAUUAUCACAAACAAAAUGCUACCGCCACGGUUAAUACGAGUGGCCUUUGUGGCAUGCCUACUUUUAGCGCUACUCUCACAGACAGCCGACAGUGCGCAAACCAAGACACGCCGACGUCUACGUCGCCCAUCAUCCACAUCAACCGCGACCGAUUCACGCAGCAGCGUUGUUGUUACGAAACGUGCUACCCAAUCCCCCAUCGAUGAUAUCGAGAAACGUGUGGAUCAACAAUCCUCCUCAUCGUUGUCAUCGUCCACCACGGCCACUUUGUCACGCGCACGCGGUCGUUCGAAGUCGAAAACACGCGGUUCGCUAGCCGCUGCCGCUGCGGGCACCGCUUUGGUGGCGAGCAGUUCCAACUUGAAGGGUAAAAAGACCAAAGCCGAUGAUGGUGGCAUGAAGAUCGUGUGCUACUACACGAAUUGGUCGCAGUAUCGUGUAAAGAUUGGCAAAUUCUUGCCCGAAGAUAUACCCGCAGAUUUGUGUACACACAUCAUUUUCGCGUUUAGUGGUUUGAAGAAGGGUAAAUUGACCUCAUUCGAAGCGAAUGAUGAGACAAAGGAUACUGUGCCCGGUCUGUAUGAUCGCAUAAUGACAUUGAAGAAAGUUAAUCCCAAAUUGAAGAUCUUGCUUGCGCUGGGCGGUUGGUCAUUCGGCACACAAAAGUUUAAGGAAAUGUCCGCUACACGUUACACACGACAGACCUUCAUCUACUCAGCCAUACCCUUCUUGCGUAAACGUGGUUUCGAUGGUUUGGAUAUGGAUUGGGAGUACCCGAAGGGUUCAGAUGAUAAGAAAAACUUUGUGUUGUUGUUGAAGGAAUUGCGUGAAGCCUUCGAAGCCGAGGCACAAGAGUUGAAGAAACAACGUUUACUGCUCUCUGCAGCUGUGCCAGUCGGUCCCGAUAAUGUACGCGGUGGAUACGAUGUACCAGCCGUAGCUAGCUACUUGGACUUUAUAAAUUUGAUGGCUUACGAUUUCCACGGUAAAUGGGAGCGUGAAACAGGUCACAAUGCACCGCUGUAUGCACCCUCAACAGAUUCGGAAUGGCGUAAACAAUUGUCGGUGGACAAUGCGGCUAACAUGUGGGUCAAGAUGGGUGCACCCAAGGAGAAGCUUGUGAUUGGUAUGCCAACAUAUGGACGCUCAUUUACCUUGGCAAAUACUGAGAAACAUGGUCCGAAUGCUCCAGCAACUGGUGGCGGUCGCGAAGGUGUGUACACCAAGGAAAGUGGUUUUCUGGCCUAUUAUGAAAUCUGUGAGAUGCUUUUGAAUGGCGCUGUCUACGUUUGGGAUGAGGAGAUGAAAGUGCCCUACAUGGUGGAUGGUGAUCAGUGGGUCGGUUUUGAUGACGAGCGUGCUAUCCGCAAUAAAAUGCAUUGGAUUAAAUCGAACGGUUUCGGUGGCGCUAUGGUUUGGACAGUUGACAUGGAUGACUUCAAGGGCGAGGUUUGCGGAGGAAAUGUCAAAUAUCCCUUGAUUGGCGCUAUGCGUGAAGAAUUGCUGGGCAUUUCUCGUGGUAAAGAAGCGAAGGAUGUUAACUGGACCGCGAUAGCCGCAACAUUCGAAGAUGAUGAUGAAGAGGAGGAGAAACCCGCGCCUAUCAAGAUUGAUGUAGAGGAGUUGCUUAGCAAGGUGCGCAAACCAUCGAAGAAACAUCGCAUCAAGUCAGGUCUGGUUGCCAAGGAGCAAAACACACGUCCCGCGCAAGUAUUCUGCUAUCUGACAAGUUGGUCUGCCAAACGGCCCGGUGCUGGCAAAUUCUUACCCACAAAUGUUGAUCCCAAACUAUGCACACACGUCGUUUACGCCUUCGCCACACUCAAAGACCACAAGCUCAGCGAAGCUACCGACGAUGAUCCCGAAAACUAUGAACAAGUUAUUGCUUUGCGCGAAGAGAACCCAGAUAUACAAAUACUCUUGGCCAUCGGUGGUUGGGCGUUCGGUUCGAAACCAUUCAAAGAGCUCACCUCCAAUGUUUUCCGUAUGAAUCAGUUCGUUUAUGAGGCUAUCGAUUUCCUGCGUGACUACAAAUUCAAUGGACUUGAUGUAGACUGGGAGUAUCCACGUGGCGCCGAAGAUCGUGCUGCCUACGUAAAUCUGUUGCGUGAGUUACGUCUUGCAUUCGAGGGUGAGGCCAAGUCAUCGGGACAGCCACGUUUGCUGCUGACAGCCGCAGUGCCAGCUUCAUUCGAGGCUAUUGCUGCCGGUUAUGAUGUACCGGAAAUUUCGAAAUAUCUCGACUUCAUCAAUGUAAUGACUUAUGACUUCCACGGUCAAUGGGAACGCACAGUUGGACACAACUCACCACUCUUCCCGUUGGAAGCGACAACAGGUUAUCAAAAGAAACUGACUGUGGAUUACAGUGCGCGCGAAUGGGUGAAACAGGGUGCGCCCAAAGAGAAGUUGCUCAUUGGCAUGCCCACAUAUGGACGUUCAUUCGAGCUGGUCAACGAAACACAAUUCGAUAUUGGCGCGCCGGCGUCUGGUGGCGGCAAGGCGGGCAAAUUUACGAACGAAGCUGGUUUCUUGAGUUACUACGAGGUGUGCUCGUUCUUGGCGGCGGACAAUACAACGCUGGUGUGGGACUCCGAACAGCAAGUGCCAUUCGCAUAUCGUGACAAUCAAUGGGUUGGCUUCGACGAUGAGCGCUCGCUCAAGACCAAGAUGGAAUGGCUGAAGGAGCAAGGUUUCGGUGGCAUAAUGGUUUGGUCCAUCGAUAUGGAUGAUUUCUCGGGACGUUGCGGCGCGGGCAAAUAUCCACUUUUGAAUGCGCUCAACGAUGAGCUGAAAGAAUACAAAGUUGAAUUGGAGUACGAGGGCCCCUAUGAGUCGCAUGGCCCACGUGGCGCUUACACGACAAAAGAUCCUCACGAUGUGACCUGCGAAGAGGAAGAUGGCCACAUCAGCUAUCACAAAGAUUGGAAUGACUGCACUCACUACUACAUGUGCGAAGGUGAACGCAAACAUCAUAUGCCAUGUCCUGCCAACUUAGUUUUCAAUCCACAAGAGAAUGUAUGCGAUUGGCCCGAGAAUGUGGAGGGUUGCCACCAACCGACCGAAGCGCCUGCCUAAACACCUAAAACAUCGCUUUGCCGUCUGUAAACUUAACAUACAUACUCGUUUAUAUUGUGUACUAACUUAGAACAAAACGUAUGAAAUUUCGAAUGCAAUGCGAAGAAAGAAAGUGUAGCGAAAUCGAAGCACACUUACAUACUACUUAUGAACUUAUGAAACACUUGUUAAUACCUUUUUGUUCUUGCUCAUACCUAUACAUACUUAUUUUUGCUAUUUAGUGUGUAGUUGUUAAUUAUAAAUUUUUGCGAAUGCUUCAAGUGAAACUGCCAAUCUAUGAACUAAAAACGAAAACCAAUUUUCAUACAUUCACUUUUGAUAAUUAAUACAAAAAUUGACAUUUAACGAAAGAAAGAAUACUCAAAACAAAAAACAAAAAACAAAAA